GCGGGGGGAGUAGUGGCGCCCAGAUUGAAAAUGUCGGAGGCGGGGAGGGAGCAGGAAAGUGGUCUGGUUCCGUUCGUGCCUUCAGCGUUGGCGGAAGCUGUGGCUGCGGACUGGGUGCUGGAAUUCAGCUGCUGCUGCCUGUGCCGGCAUUUCGUGGAGGAGUGCGGGUCCGAGUUCAGGCGGUGGAGGGACGUGGCACAGGCUGUUUCUAAUGGCUUCUCCAAAAUAACAACACAUCAGAAAAAAAUGGUGUACCUCUGUCAGCUUUUGAUAAGAAUUGCAGAUGGAAAAAGACUUGAAUGCCAAUUUGAAAACGAUACAAGAAUUUCACCUUUGGAGUCUGCUCUGUCAUUUUGGACUUUACUUGAAAGAGAAGAAAGUAAACUAAAUACACUUCAUGAAGAAAUUCGUCGCUUGAUUCAAAUUCAGGUUGUAGCAGUCUAUAUGGAGAAAGGAUAUUAUAAGGAGGCUGCUGAAGUUCUUGAUAGGCUAUUCACAGACACAGAAUCACGUAAGCCUUUAAGGAUGAAGCUGGCAGCCAUAGUCAAAAGCAAGGAUCCGUAUGUUCCCCUUCUCCAGAGCUUCAGUUACAAUCUUUUGUUAAGUAAAGUCAAGUCUUACGUUGAACUUUUCCUGAAAGAAAAUGGAACUAACUUCUUACUACAGGCAGCUACAAAGCAAGUGGAAUCUAAAGGAGGGGAACUAAGCGUGUUGCAAAACAAAACCUUGAAUGUCAAAGAAGAGAAAGAAAAUCAAGAGAGAGAAAAUCAUUUGGAAGCAAAACAAAGACCUUGUUCGAAAGAGAGAUGCAGAACAAGCAAUGUUCAGAGGCUGAAGGUCUUGAAAAAUGUAGAAGAACGUGGAGAUGACUUGCCUUGUGGCCGAAGAAGACAGCCAUGGACUUACGAAGAAGAUAAGAAACUGAAAUCAGGAGUAAGGGAGUUUGGAGUGGGCAAUUGGAGUAAAAUUCUGAUCCAUGGUGACUUCAACAACCGAACUAGUGUCAUGUUGAAAGAUCGGUGGAGAACACUGUGCAAGAUCAAAUAAGGAUACUUUGGACAUAGCAUUGGAUUAUUCUUGUGCUUUCUCUACAUAAGGAGCUAGUCUAGCUGUUAGAAUGAUGAAUUUAUAGUCUCAAGAGUAUCCAAAAACAUUGUCCGAAAACAUGAAAAAGGUGUAAUAAAGUCUGGCCUUCUGUCUGCAUGCAAGAGGUAGGUUAAUUUAUGCAACAUGGAAAUGCUUAGGGUGAUUACAUAGGUAGGAGUCUUAAGUGGCAACGUAUUGACUUUAUAGAUGCUCUUAAUAAAAGUGCUCUGUGUUUUUGAAGGGUUUUAUCAGUGCAAGGUUUUAUAUGCAGUCAGACAGAAUUCUAUUAUUUUGUUUUCUCCUAUAGUCUAUACUAAUCUGAUUUACUUCACUUUGAACUUUUGGUCUGACUUGUCAUCUCUUUCAGCAAGUUAUAUGAAAAAUAAGUACGUGUCAUCAUUGCUAAUUUAACAAAUUACAUUUUUAACUUCAGAAAAAAAGGAAUAUCCACAUACAUUUAUAUUUACAAGUAGUAAAAGUGCUACAUGUGUACUGGAGACAAAAAUGGGAAUUUCUUUUAUUUUUGAAUCAAGCUUAAGUUCUAGGAAGUAACUUUGACAUUAUUUAUGUUGGCACAAUAACAGUUCUUAACAUCUCUUGAUUGUCUUAUGCCACCUACCUUGUCUUGAGUAGUCGCGUUAUUCUAGACCAGCAGGAAAGGGAAAGCUCCUUUUCUGAGCAGCCCAGACAGGACUCAGCAGCGUUAGCACAGACCAUGAAACAUGUUUCAUCUGUGCUCUGUUGUCUCUGCACUGUUAGCAAGCAGAGACACCCUCUUCUGGUUAGCUACCCACAGUUGAUCACUGUAAACAUUCUGCUCGUGAGAGGCUCUGAGAUGUUUCAGAUUGUAUGGAAGACAAUCCCAGAACCUCAAAAAACACACAUGCUUUCCACUAUUGUACUGGUGUGAAUCUAGAUACCAGGUAUUGUAGCAUUCUUACAGGGCUUCUUACAUUAAGAUUAAAUAGUGAUGUACCAUUACAAAGGUUUGUCCUGUUCUGAAUGCGUACAGGACCUAAAACAGAUCACCUUCCUAAUUCCUGCCAACUGCUGCAAUGUUUCUUCUUACAGCUGUGGCAAGCAGUUGCUGUAAGGUUCCACAGAGAUAUGCCAUGUCUUAACAGUAAACUUUCUCAGCCUUAAUGCAUCAUUUUUUUUCUGUAAAUGUGGUGAAUCUCAGAAGCUUGAUAAAAUACAGUUUACGUAUUUCAGCAAAGAAUACUAGAGUAGUUGUAAAUCAGCAAUUCAAAACAAAACUCAAAUCACAGCACGUGUGUGUUAAGUGAGAAAGCCUGCAGUAUGUAGUUACUUCAAUGCCAUGACAAUAAUUCAACACGAAUAAUAAGUAACAAAACAAGGAUUAGAGCUAUGUACAUAGCAGCCUUGCCUGUGUUCUAAUCUUGCACAUUUCUAUAUUAAUCACUGCACAUCUAGCAGGUUUAACUAGUAGUAAGUGAUUUUUCUGACUGUCAGCUAAAACUCCAGUUAUGAUUGUUCAUUCCUGUAUGUAAGAUUGUUGUUGUUUUAGCUUGCUAAUUGCUGUAAUACAAUCCUACUCAAGGCAGUUUACAAUAAAUUACUGUUCAUUAAGAAAAUGAGUCUCUUCAAGACUUAGUUUAUUUAUGGAAGUCUUGUUUAGGUUUGUUUGCCAUAAAAUUCACACUGUAUGCUAGUGAUGUGAAGUUCUUAGCAAGGCUGCUUCAUUAACAACACUGACAAGUCUCACAUUUUUACGAGGGUGGCUAAGCAGGGAAGCUGCAGUGUACAGAAAGAAAUACUUACGCAUUCAUACUGUAAACCACUGUCCAGAUGAUACUGGGAAGGAACAAAGGAUCUAAACUGAAGUCUGGUUUGAGCUCUCAAACUUUCAUUUUUAUUCACCCAUUACAACUUAAUGAUGACAGUAACUAUUUCCAGACUUGAGAAUGUUUGGCUGGCUCACUACUGAAUAGGAUCAAUGCCUGUACACAGGAGUAUGGCCUGUAAAGAUCAAAAACCUUAGGAAAAGAAGCUACUACAGUUAGAAACGUUUGCUUUUUAAUCACAAAAGAGAAAUGCAAAAUUUGCUUACAGCACUCUAAUGCAAUUGUCUGUCUUAGUGUUUACUAUUAAGACGAAAAGAGUACCCAAAAAUGCUUGUUCCAGAGGCUUAACCGCUUUAGAGUUCAUUCAGUCUCCACAAAAUGCAGACAAAGAUGUAGGUUUCUUGGCACUUGUGCUAAUUUUCUCAAUUCUUUUUUCCUGAUGCUGUUUAAA